CUCAGGGUGGCUCUUAUAUAACCUGGACUCUUGCAGGGCACUAAUGUUGAAAUAAGGAUUCCAAAGGACUACUCAUAUUGCUAGGGUUGGCAUCUCUGAGAUUCAGAAAGCUUGCAGUCCUGGGGCUACUCAAAAACAGAGUGAUCUGGGACUUAGCCCUACUUCUCUUGGGUGAAGUGUAGAAGGUGCACAGGAUGGCUUCAGAAAAGAAGGAUGAAUUGGUCUUCUUUGUAAAUGGCAAGAAGGUGGUGGAGAAAAAUGUGGAUCCAGAAACCACUCUGCUAACUUACCUUCGAAGGAAAUUGGGUUUAUGUGGAACCAAGCUGGGCUGUGGAGAAGGUGGAUGUGGUGCCUGCACAGUUAUGAUUUCCAGGUUUGACAAUUUCCAAAAGAAAAUCAUACACUAUUCUGCAAAUGCAUGCUUAUUUCCUCUCUGUGCCCUUCACCAUGUAGCAGUAACUACUGUUGAAGGCAUAGGAAGUACAAAGACAAGGCUGCACCCAGUACAGGAAAGAAUAGCAAAAAGUCAUGGAUCACAGUGUGGUUUUUGCACCCCUGGCAUUGUCAUGUCCAUGUACACACUUCUUCGCAAUCAACCUCAACCCAAAAUGGAAGAAAUUGAAGAUGCCUUUCAAGGAAAUCUCUGCCGCUGUACAGGAUACAGGCCUAUUUUAGAGGGAUACCGGACAUUUGCAAAGGACUGGGAAUGUUGUAGAAGAAAUGUUAAUGGCCUAGGUUGCUGUAUGGCUAGGAAGGAGAAUGCUAUGGAUCAGGGAUGUGGUAAAAAAAUAGUCAAUGGUUCAAGUUGUUGCAUGAAUGGAAAAGAAGACAAUACAGAGCUGAUAUCCUCAGCUUUGUUCAGUCCAUCUGAGUUUCAGCCCUUAGACCCUACACAGGAGCCUAUAUUUCCUCCAGAGUUGUUGACUCACAAUAAUAAACCACGAGAGCAGCUGUGCUUCAAAGGGGAUCGUGUGAUGUGGUUUCAGCCCUCAACCCUUAAGGAACUGGUGUCUCUGAAAGCUCAGUACCCUUCUGCUAAGCUUGUAGUAGGAAACACAGAAGUUGGUAUUGAAAUGAGGCUAAAGAACAUGCUGUACCCUGUGAUAAUAGCACCAACUUGGAUCCCAGAAAUGAACUCUGUUCAGCAUACAGAGGAAGGAAUCUCCUUUGGUGCUUCCUGUACUUUGAGCCACAUAGAAGAAGUUCUGCGGAAAGCUGUGGCUCAACUUCCUUCUUAUAAAACAGAGGUAUUCCAGGCAGUACUAGAACAACUGAGAUGGUUUGCAGGGCCUCAGAUCCGAAAUGUUGCUGCCCUUGGGGGAAAUAUAAUGACUGCAAGUCCAAUAUCUGACCUAAACCCAGUGUUUAUGGCAAGUGGGAGCAAGCUGACUUUGAUAUCAAAUGAGGGCAGCAGGACUAUAAAGAUGGAUGAAACAUUUUUUACUGGUUAUAGGAAGACAGUACUAAAGCCUCAGGAAAUACUGCUCUCAGUAGAGAUUCCAUUCAGCAGGAAGGGAGAAUAUUUCUCAGCAUUUAAGCAAGCUUCACGGCGGGAGGAUGACAUUGCUAUUGUGACCUGCGGGAUGAGAGUCCUAUUUCAAGAGGGAACUAACCAUGUGCAAGAGAUUAAGCUGAGCUAUGGAGGGAUGGCUCCGACAACUGUGCUGGCAGGAAAGACCUGCCAGGAACUCAUUGGGAGGGAGUGGAAAGAAGAUAUUUUACAGGAAGCCUGCCACAUGCUGGCUAGUGAGAUGAAUUUGUCCCCUUCAGCACCAGGUGGCAUGGUGGAUUUCCGACGAACUCUCGUGCUCAGCUUCUUCUUUAAGUUCUAUCUCACUGUGCUUCAGAAAUUAAAUAUCGAGCUCAAUGGCAAUAAUAAUCUGGGUGAAAUGGUACCCCCACGGUAUGCAAGCGCCACUGAGUUAUUCCACAAGGACCCUGUUGACAAUGUACAACUUUUCCAAGAAGUGCCUCCUGGACAGACCAUUGAAGAUACAGUGGGGCGACCUUUAAUGCACCUUUCAGCUGCCAAACAGGCCAGUGGAGAGGCAGUCUACUGUGAUGACAUACCUCACUAUGAGAAUGAACUCUACCUAACACUAGUUACUAGUACUAAAGCCCAUGCUAAGAUCCUUUCUGUUGACACCACAGAAGCCCAGAAUGUGCCUGGCUUUGUUUGUUUUAUCUCUGAGAAGGAUGUUCCUGGGAGUAAUGUCACUGGGAUUGCCAACGAUGAAACCAUCUUUGCAAAGGAUACUGUCACCUGUGUUGGCCACAUUAUUGGAGGGAUAUUGGCAGACACACAAGAACAUUCCCGAAGAGCUGCUAGAGCAGUGAAGAUCACAUAUGAGGACCUUACACCUAUUGUCACCAUUGAGGAAGCCAUUGAGAAACAGUCUUUUUUUAACUGGGUAAGGAAGAUUGAGAAAGGAAAUAUCCAGAAAGGAUUUGAAGAGGCUGAUCAUAUUUUGGAAGGGGAAAUGUACCUUGGUGGCCAAGAACAUUUUUAUCUGGAGACUCACUGCACUAUUGCUGUGCCAAAAAAAGAAGAUGGGGAGAUGGAGCUCUUUGUAUCUACCCAGAAUUUAACAAAGACCCAGGAAUUUGUUGCCAAUGCCUUAGGGGUCCCAUCAAAUAGAAUUGUAGUUCGAGUGAAGAGAAUGGGAGGAGGAUUUGGAGGAAAAGAGACAAGAAGCACGAUUGUUUCCACAGCUGUAGCAGUGGCUGCAGUUAAGAUGGGCCGCCCAGUACGAUGCAUGCUGGAUCGAGAUGAGGAUAUGCUGAUUUCUGGUGGAAGACAUCCCUUUUUGGGACAAUAUAAGGUUGGCUUCAAGAAGAAUGGAAGGAUUACUAGUCUAGAUGUGCUCUAUUACAGCAAUGGAGGAAAUUCUGCUGAUCUUUCUUUUGGAGUUAUGGACAGAGCUGUGCUUCACAUGGACAAUUCAUACAACAUCCCAAACAUCAGAGGCAUAGGGAAAGUCUGUAAAACUAACCUGUCCUCAAACACAGCAUUCCGUGGGUUUGGGGGCCCUCAGGGGAUGAUGGUUGCCGAGUGCUGGAUGAGUGACAUUGCCUUGAAGUGUGGACUGCCAGCAGAAGAGGUUCGAAAGCUGAAUCUGUAUAAUGAAGGAGAUUUAACACAUUUCAAUCAAAAGCUAGAAGGAUUUACCCUGAGAAGAUGCUGGGAGGAGUGCCUCAAAAAUUCAGAUUAUCACUCCAGAAGGAAACUCAUUGAUGAGUAUAACAGACAGAAUCGUUGGAAGAAGAGAGGCAUGGCCAUUAUUCCAACCAAGUUUGGAAUCAGCUUCACAAUUCCUUUUUUGAAUCAGGCUGGAGCACUGGUGCAUGUGUACACUGAUGGGACCGUUUUGCUCACUCAUGGUGGGACUGAAAUGGGUCAAGGCCUGCAUACCAAGAUGAUUCAGGUUGCCAGCAGAACUCUGGGGAUACCCACCUCCAAGAUCUAUAUCAGUGAGACAAGCACCAACACAGUGCCAAAUGCAUCUCCCACAGCUGCAUCUGUUAGUGCUGAUAUCAAUGGGAUGGCUGUUUUAAAUGCUUGUCAAACUAUUGUAAAGAGACUGGAGCCAAUCAAAUCUGCUAACCCAAAAGGAUCUUGGGAGGACUGGGUUUUAGCAGCCUACCAGGACUGUGUGAGUCUGUCAGCUACAGGAUUUUAUAGGAUUCCUGACCUUGACUAUGACCCUGAGAAGAAUGAAGGAAAUGCUUUUGCUUACUUCUCCUAUGGUGUUGCUUGUUCUGAGGUUGAGAUAGACUGCCUUACAGGGGAUCACAAGAAUCUUCGCACAGACAUUGUGAUGGAUGUUGGCACCAGCUUGAACCCUGCCAUAGACAUUGGGCAGAUAGAAGGAGCAUUUGUGCAGGGAGUUGGACUCUUUACUCUAGAGGAGUUGCGUUAUUCCCCAGAAGGCAACUUGUAUACUCGAGGGCCUGGGAUGUACAAAAUCCCUGCAUUUGGUGACAUCCCAACAGAAUUCCAUGUGUCUCUUCUCCGGGACUGUCCAAACAAGAAAGCCAUUUAUUCAUCUAAGGCUGUGGGUGAGCCUCCCUUAUUUCUGUCAGCCUCUGUGUUUUAUGCUAUUAAAGAUGCAAUCAUUGCUGCCAGGCAAGAAUCAGGACUAAAAGAUCCAUUCAGAUUAGACAGCCCGGCCACUCCAGAGAGAAUUCGCAAUGCUUGUGUUGAUGUCUUCACCAAGAUGUGUCCAUCUGCUAAGCCAGGCACUUUUAAACCAUGGUCUGUGAGAGUAUGAAUGAAGGAAUCGCAAGAAAAUAUCUCUUCUCAUUAAGCUGGUUUUACCUCAGAGGACCAAAAUAAAAAGUGCCAAGGCUCACUGCCGAAAAUCCUGUGCAUGGGCUGAUGAUUCAUGAAGCUUUGUAAUUCAGUUUUUUUAAAAAAAAUAGUUCAGUCAGCUGCCUAAGAAAGUUAUUCCUGGAAUGUAAAUGCAAUGAAGAGAAAAAAUGAUGGUCUGUGAAACUGAAAUUCUUGCAAGAUUCAUUUAAACUUGCAUCAAAGAUUGGAGAAGCACUUACAAGCGCAUCCUGUUUGUGUGUUCAUUUUUGAAGUGUAAUCACUCCAUUCAGAAAAUUCUAAUGUAGCUAUUUUUCCUUCUUCUAUCUUCUUCUUAAUCUUUGUGAAGGAUGGUUGCAAGCACCAAUGAGGGCAGGUCCCUAGCGCAAUCUUCCUCUGCAUCAGAAAGAAGUGGAAACUUUAACAUCCUAAUUGAUGAGCUUUCAACCUCUGCCUCCAAUGCCUAAUUUUUUUUCUGUUGCUAAGUCAAGGAUACUAAUUAUGUUAGCAGUUCUGCACAAAUGUUAGUUAAUGUCUCGUUCCUUUUACUUGGAAGUAAGAGACACUGGUUUCAGCAAAGCUUAUUCUCAAAUAUAUAUAUAUGCAUGGAACAGAAGCUGAGGACUGUAAUCUGGAGUGGACAAUUGUGAUGUGGGCCCCCCCACAUUAGCCCCCCAGAGACUUUGGUCUCUCUGUGCCAUUUUAAGCCCAGAAGAAGCUUUAUUUAAACAACAAGAAGUGACUUGAAGUCACUUCCUAUUUUUUCUAAAUGCUUUUUCUUCUUGUCCUGAAGUGGCAUACUGGGACAAAAAUGUGGUGAAAAUACCCCAAGACCCCCUAGAAGGCACUUGGGGCCAUUUUCUUUGAUUUUUUUCCCUUUUUACUCAAUACUACCCACUGUCUUCUCAUCCUAGGUGUAAUCCUCUCCUCAUACUCCUGGGAAUAAACUCCAUUUUGGCUGAGCAUGUAUAGAAAUGUGAGAGAGUUAUGAAAAAAUCCCAUAAUGUAUGUGUUAUUAAAUAAUACAAAGUCAGGUAUUCCCGCCUCUCAUGGUACAUUUUCUCAUUUUCCCCCUGGGAAUAAACUGAAUAAGACAUUCAGUUCUGUGGACAAAUACGUGUAGAAGCUUCUCUAGAGAGGUUGGCUGUCGCAGUACAGAAAGUAUAGAAAGGUUCAACAGAAUACUCCAUUACAUGGCUCUCUAAUUAGGUUUUUCUUUCACCUGUGCUAUGAUGUUUGUGUAGAAAUACCUAAAAUGCAUUUUGAUAGCUAUUUAUGCAUCUCGUAGAUAUUUUUAUAUAGCAUUCUGCCAUUAUGGUGGAUUAAAUCAGAUAUUAAAAUUUCAUGUGAACAAUGUCCAGUCAACUCAGAGGAUCAGAAUGAUUGUUUUUUGUCAACACUUGAUGGACUGAGCUAUUUCUCUGCUUAAUUAAACAAAAAAGAAAUAGCCCUAAAAGAAUGUAAACAUGGGGAGAGUCCUUGACAGUUGGACCUAUUUGCUCUCUGACUAUUGGAGAAGUGAAGAUGGUGCUGAAUCAUUGUCCAGGUCUCUUUCCAAAACAUGUGUUUAUUCUCACUGAUGCUGGAAAUGCUUGAAUGCAAUUUAGGUAACCCUGUAAGUUCCCUUGCAUAGUUCACACUCCAUUGCCUGGGGCUGUGCCACAUUACACUCCUUGUGCUAAAAGCAUCCUUUUAUAAAAUAUGAUUGCCUUAUAGGGAAAGAUGUUGAGUCAGUUAAAUGCAGACUUUGUCACAAAAUGUUCAGAAAUCAAUGAUUCAAAGAUAGUGAUUUUGUAUUUUCCUCUUGGUAUUGGCGAAGCAGGGUGGUGUAGUGAUUUCAACAUAGGACUAUAACUGGAGACCAGGAUUUGACUCUCUGCCCUCCAUGGAAAUCGACUGAAUGACCUUGGGCAAGUCAUACUUUCUCAGUUUCAGAGGAAGGCAAAGGGAAGCCUGCUUUUGAAUAAAUCUUGCCAAGAAAAUCCUGUGAAAGGUUUGUCUUACAGUGACCAUCAGAUGGAAACAACCUGAAGGCACAGAGCCUUAUUGUUGCUAGCAGAACAAUAUGAAGCAAGUUGUUGUUGUUGUGUGCCUUCAAGUAAUUUCCAACUUAUGGAGACCCUAAGGGUUUUCUAGGCAAGUUUCUUCAGGAGGGGUUUGCCAUUGCCAUUCUCUGAUGCUGAGAGUGUGACUUGCCCAAGGUCACGUCAAGGUCUUGGAGACAUCCUUGGAGAAAACCCACAGAAAUUAACUGUAGAAUUAUGUUAGUCAUGAGCUGCUACCCCCUUUGAUUUCAGAGUGUCUACUGUAUGUCUGGCUCCAACCAUUUGUUUUAAUAAGUGUUUGCUUGGGUGAAAUUCUUUUGGUACACUAUGUAAACAGUUCCAUUUUUUUCUGGGGUUGGUAAUGAGGGAAGGAAGACAAAAUAUGUCAGCUGUGAGCAGCCUAUUCCUCCAGUGGCUUACUUCAUUUGUGGCAUCAGUCCCUGUGGCCUUUUCUUCCUGCUGCCAUUGCUUACACUGAUGUAGAGAUGUCAGCAUAGUGAACCAACAGGACUUUGGCUACUGUGGUACUG